AUGAAACUCUUGAUUCUAACCACUUUGUUGGCCGCUGCAAGCGCCGCACCCGGAUUGCUUGAUUACGACCUGGGUCACUCGGCUCCGGCUAUUAGUUAUGGCCAUGCAGCGCCAGCUAUAAGCUAUGAGGCCCCAUCGAUUAGUUACGCCCAUGCGGCACCUGCGAUCAGCUAUGCGGCACCUGCUCCAGUCAUCAAAUCCUAUGCUCCAGCAAUCAGCUAUUCAGCACCCACCGUCGUCAAGUCAUAUGCACCGUCCAUUAGCUAUGCGGCGCCUGCUCCGGUCAUCAAAUCCUAUGCGCCGGCAAUCAGUUAUGCGGCUCCCACAUUGGUCAAGUCAUAUGCAGCACCAGUGGCCGUUAAGGCCGUCCAAGCUCCAGCCACCAGUUACUCGCACUUCAGCUCGGUUGUUUCCCAUGCCACGCCCGUCAUCAAGUCCUAUGCCGCUCCGGCCAUAGUCAAAUCGUAUGCUGCACCCGCCAUCAGCUAUGCUGCCCCAACUGUCGUCAAGUCUUAUGCCGCACCAGCAAUUAGCUACCAGCCAACACUGUUGAAAUCCUAUGCCGCUGCUCCGUCUUACUCAUAUGGUGGAUACGAUGAUCACAGCAGCUAUGGCUAUCACUAAGCACUCCAGCACCGAGCAUAAUCAGCAAGUGGUAUGGCCGCAGUGGGUCAUAUGCAUACCCAAGUAAUG